CAAAAAGUUUGGGCCUUCAGUUCCCUAUUCUCCUUGCCUUCGUGAACAUGUCGAGCUCUUCUUGGCUGGGUUGCCUCCUGGCCGUUCUAUUCAGCGCCUUGGCCUUGAGCCAAGGUCUUCCCCUUCUGGAGGAUCUGGAUGAGAACAGCUUUCCGGAUGGCCGCAUUGUGGGUGGCUACGUGACGGACAUAGCGCAGGUCCCAUACCAGAUUACCCUGCGCUACAAGGCCAUCAGCUCGCCGGAGAAUCCCUUUCGGCAUCGGUGCGGAGGAUCCAUUGUCAAUGAGACUACAAUACUGACAGCGGCGCACUGCGUCAUCGGCACGGUGGCUAGUCAGUUCAAGGUGGUGGCCGGUACCAAUUUCCAAACAGGCACCGAUGGCGUCAUCACCAAUGUCAAGCGGGUCAUCAUGCACGAGGGAUACAACUCGGGAGCAGCCUACAAUAACGAUAUUGCCGUUCUAUUUGUGGAUCCCCCAUUGCCCCUGAACAACUUCACCAUCAAGGCCAUUAAGCUGGCUACGGAGCCACCACUUGAUGGAGCGCCCAGCAAGAUCAGCGGAUGGGGCUCCACUUAUCCCGGCGGCUACUCCUCCAACCAACUUCUCGCGGUGGAUGUCCCGAUUGUGGGCAACGACUUGUGUGACCUGGACUACGAGAACUUCAUCGAUGAGACCUACCACAUCACAUCCGCCAUGUUGUGUGCCGGCAAGCGGGGUGUCGGCGGUGCGGAUGCCUGCCAGGGAGAUUCCGGCGGACCGUUGGUGGUGCGCGACGAGCUCCAUGGAGUCGUGUCCUGGGGCAACAGUUGCGCCCUGCCCAAUUAUCCCGGCGUCUACGCCAAUGUGGCGUUCCUGAGGCCCUGGAUCGAUGCCGUUCGGGCAGGUCUCUAAAUCAAUUAUGUCAUCAUCCCACGUUUUGUAAAUAAAGUGGCUUGUGCAGCCAUUUACCUUGGGGUUUUCCAAGCCGAACGUU